UGGGAGGCGCUCGGGUGGGAGGCGCUCCCGGCGCGGGAGAGCCGAGCGGGACAUGGCCGAGGCGGAGCCGCUGCCACCUGAGAGAUCGCCCGGCGUCGAGCCCCGCAGGGUCCGCUGCGGGAGCGAGGGGUCGGGGCCGCCGGAGCUGCCCGGCGGCGAUAGGCGGGAGCUGCUGCAGGAGGUGGAGAUGCAGAUCGGCGACGCCGCCUUCUCGCUGGCGAAGAUCCUGGAGGCGACGUCGGCCGUGUCGGCCCAGGUGGAGGAGCUGGCCACCAAGUGCUCGGAGAACGCGCGGUUCCUCAGGACGUGGCGGGACCUGCUGAGGGAGGGCUACGAGUCCCUGAAGCCCAGCGGCUGACGCCGGCCCUGCCCCCUGCUGCGGCGGGGCUCUUUUCGACCGCCUCCUCCACGGAGCCCACGUGGAGUUCUGUUUUCCCACAGAGUUCUUUCACAAAUACUUGAGGGCUCUCAUAUGGAUUUUUAGGUUAGUCUUCCGAACAGAAAAGCUUUGUUUAGGGAAUCAGUUUUGACUUUUAGGCUCUUCGUAGAAGCUCAAGCGAUCUCAGUACUCUCUUUUUUGUUUCCUCUCUUUCGUGCUAACGAGGUAUAUUCAAAGUUAGUAUGUAUGCUGCAUUCAGAACUCAUUACUGGUAGGGAAGUGGUGUCCUACAAGGAGGAAUUGCCAGCCCUCCUUUUUUAGAGCUGUCAACAGCAGAAACGCUGCCAAACCCAGAGAAACUUGAAGUAACUUCAGUUUUUUGUUACGCACACUUUUUCUUCACGUUGAGUAUGGGAUAAUGUGGCAAGCUGUGGCUUAUUUAUGAGCUGUAGAAAAAUCCUAUAUCCCAAACCUUACUAUUUUUAGCAAUUUUUAUUCUUCUGCAAAGCUGCAGAUUAUUUUUUGCAAUAUAUUUUAUUGCUGCAAACAAUUUUACCCUACCUUUUGUUGUAAUAAAGUGCCUUAUGAUGGACCAUAUAUUUCUGCAAGGGUAGAAGUUUACCAGCAUUGUUUACUGACAGGAUGGAUUAUUUGAAAUUGUAACUAAAAGCUUCCAUUAGUUAGAAAAGAAUCUGUGACAUAUUCUCCCGUGGCUGGGGAAGCACUUCAGAGCUUUUUCAGUAUUUGGUUCUAUUUUUUAUCUUUGCCUUAAGCAGUGAUUAGUUUGAUAGUCUAGAGCUUACUGUUAAUAGAACCUUUUGGUCUGAAAGAUGGCUAGUCUGUAGUAAAUAGCUGUCCUGACACUCCUGUACUUUUACCAGGCACUGUGGAAAAAAGUUAUGUUGAGAUGCAAUGGCAGACUGCUGGAGACCAUGACUCUGCCAAGACUUCUUAGCAGGCCUGUGUUUUUUACUUACAGGAGUUUGAGAAAGACCCACUGUAGUUUGCUUAUCAAAUCAAUAAAGAUGUUGCAAACAUUCUGAAGUAUUGGCUAUUACUGUGUUACUGAUAGAAACAAAGUUGACAGUGAAUGUAACCAUAAUCACGUGUGGUGAAAAACAAGUAAUGGCAAGUCAGGGAUCCUUGCAUAUCUCACCAAAGGCAAUUACAGUCCUUGAGAGGACUUGGUCCCUCAGAGUGAGGAAGUUCUGUUGAAUCUGUCUAAUUGUCCUAGUUAAAGCCAAUCCACGUGGCAGCAUUUUGCUUAGAUGUUUUUAACCCCCUCAACCCGAAAUGUUGCAAAACAGCUUAGAAAAGAAGUAGUUUUGUUCAGCAGAUAUUUUAUUUCAGUAGAACAUACAGUGGUGGAAACAAGAUGCUUAACAAUCUUCAGUUUCAAGAUAACCCAAAGUUCUGUAAACAGUUGAAGUGUGAGUCACACGUUUUCAAAAUUCUACUUCUUAUGCUGUUAAGAAGUUAAAUGCAAACAUUGGAAGUAUCUUUUAACUUAACUUUAAAUAGUUUCAAAUCAAUACAAAAAAAAGCUUUUUUUUUACCUUUUUGGGCUUCUAGGCCAUCAGACUGAAUACGGUACUGAAAGAAGAAGGGAAGUUGUAAUAAUUCAUAAUAGAAAAGAUUCUCUUCAGUAAGAAUGUGUGAAGGAACUACCUCUAGGGGAUUGUUUCAGAUGGGAUAUUUUUUAUUUUACUCUUGUAAUUCUGGGAAGUAAAAUAAUGCUUCAAAAAGUGCUGAAUAGCUGUGGUCUUUAAAUUACUUUGACUAUAAUACAUCCAGUCAUGUACAAAGUGAUUAAAAUGUAGAUAUUAUGACAGCUAUUAAUACUGAUAAUUUUCUAUUUGACCGUCUCCCUUGUACAUAGAGACACACCUUAAGACUGGAAUUUGUUAAAGUCUGCAAGCUGUGGUGAGCUACUUUUGGUAGCCUAUCAAGAAAAGUGAGGAAAAGAGCAGCAGACAAAAGGCUGGGAUACUCAGUCCAGUCUUUUCAGUGUAAGAAGGGGGAAACUGCCACCAGUUAAAGCUGGGAGAGAUUAACUUGGGAAAAAAUAAAACAAAAAUACAAACCAAACCUCUCCUUUUUAUUUUUUUCUUCACCACAGUUCUGGUUCUGCCUGAAUUAGAAUCUUAAAGAGUAUCUACUCCCAGCCUCUCCUUGCCAUGGGCAGGGACACCUCCCAGUAGACCAGACUCAUCAAGGCCUUGUCCAACCUGGUGACUCUCAUUACAAUUUCACUAUUGCCUUUACAUGAGUGAAAUAGUCUGUACAUUUAUAAAAGGAAUAUAAUUUUCACUUGUCUGCCUUUGACAAAUAUCAUUAACUGACCUAAUUAUGAAAUUUAAAUGUUUUUCUUACAGCUAUUGCUCCUUAAAGCUUUUUAAGAGAUGAUGCAGCCUAAAUAGAGCCAAUGAGAAACUUUGAGGAGAAAAUACAUUUCUUAAUAAGGAAACCAAUUAACUCUUAAAAAAAUCAGUUGGUGAAAUGUGAACUUAA